AGACAGAUAGACAUCUGCUCGUGACAGCCGGAGCUUCUCAUGCCCUCAGUGUGAAACUCAGACCUUAAGCUGUACUCAGAGAGAGGCAGAGACAGAGAGCAGUUACACGGUGCAGGUGUAACGGAUGCACAAGUUACCAGCUCAUUUGUGGCGCUAUUUUUUGUGUAUUUGCUUUGAACACUGUAUUUAUUGGUAUUGAUAUUUAGCGUUUAGAAUUGUGUUUAAACUAUCAGUUAUGGAUCGACUGGAUGAAUGGAGCUUCAAGUCCAAGAGCCUGGAGCUGGAGGAGGAUUUCUACUUCGACUACGGAGCGGAGGAAAUAACAGAUUAUCAAGACCCCAACGAACUCCUGGCUGCUCUCAAACAAAAGGAGGAAGAGGUUAUUUUGGCAGCCCAGCUGGGAAACGCAUUGCUCCUGGAAACCCGUCAGUUAAAGGAACAGGGCGAGAAACUUCAUGAACAAUACGCAGACAAGCUGGAGGCGCUGGAGCAGGGCAGGCAUGAGCUGCGGCUGAAGCUGGAGGGCUGCCAGUCCAAGUGGGAGAGCCAGGUGGGAGACCUGGAGCGGGAUGCGAGGGAGCUGAGCGCACAGGUGGAGCGGCUCACUCAGGCCCUCAGUGAAGCUGAGAGGGACAAGAGUCGCGUAUGCCAGGAACACGGGGAGGAGACGCAGCGGCUCAGGGAGCAGCUCCACACGGCAAUGGAGGUGGAGAGAGCCAUGUCCAGUGAGCUACAGGCUUUAAAACAGGAGCUCCAACAUAAAGGGAGCCACAACAGGCCGCAGGAUGAUGAGCUGAUCAGUGCCAUGAGAGAGCAGGUACUACGUCUCACUCAGAAGGAGCAGGUGCUUGAGGAGCGUUUGGAGUCUGUGUGUCAAGAAAACACUGAGCUGAGGGCCAGUCUGGCCUCUUUACACGCACGCCUGGCUCUGCAGGACCAACACAACCAACAGCACAGCCAGCAGCUAACAGAGGCGUGGCAGGAGGUAGAGGCAGCGCGGGGUCGCUCACAGCAGCUGCAGGCCCAGGUGGAGGAGCUUCAGGAGGAGGUGUCACUGCAAGAAGGCAGGAGCCAGGGGGACGCCUCCUUGCUGUCUGAGCUGGAGAGCAGCAUGGAGACAGCAGCGCUGGGGAUCGGCAAAGAAGAGAUAAAGAAAGAAAUGGGGUCCAUCCUUCAGUUACUGCUACCACUGACCCAGCAGCUGAACAGCACUGAGAGGUCGGAAGUGCCAGAUCAUGAAGAAGACCUGCAGGCGAUGCUGCUUAAGCUGAAGGGAGUGGCACAAACUCUGGGCCAGUUAUCCUGCCCUCAGGAGCUGAAAUCUGCCUUUGUCGACAGGACGGGUGAUCAGUGUGGGAAUCUGAGUGCGGCACAGGAGCUGAGAGAUCAGAAUGUUGUGCUGCAGCAGCAGAACGCAGAGCUGAGGCAGAAGCUGCAGAGCGUGCCGGAGAACACUGAAGCUGUCAAACAGGCCAUCAGGGACCGAGAUGAAGCCAUAGCCAAGAAAAACCUAAUGGAGGCUGAGUUGAUAAGGAGUAAAAACGACAUGAUGUGCCUGAACAACCAGUUACUAGAAGCUAUCCAGCGGAAACUGGAGCUGUCACAAGAGCUGGAGGCCUGGCAGGAUGACAUCCAGAUCAUCAUCAACCAGCAGCUCAGGUCGCAGCAGCAGUCGGAGCUUCCUCAGAAGAAGUCAGCCUCCAAUGGCAUGUCCUUUUUCCGCAGGCCCAGCAGGGCAACCUCCACCUGGACACGCCAACCCUCCUCCUCCUCCACUUGGAGUUCAGACUCUAAUCAGGACAAAACCCAAUCCCCGUGGAGGGACUGGUUGAGACGAGGGAAAGGGGUGCAGUAUGGCAAAUAAUGGACUAAGUGCACUAAAGCUCCUGGAGAUAAGAGGAAGGGUACAAGUGCAGCUUCCUGUAUAUCAAUUAUGAUAAAAGAAGCCAUAGAGACACUUUUGAUGAACAGUGAUGAACAACAGAGCCACUACGAACAAAGACUUUAUCAUUUCAACACUUGCCUGAACACAUUUCACUGAGGAUGAGCCUUUCUAAAACUGUGACAACACUAGCUAUUUCACAGAAUUAUUUUCGAAACUCUGCUUGAGACUGUACAUAUUGUGCCUUAAAAGUAUGUUUAGGUCUCAGACUAUAUAUAAGGUAUAUACAAUAGAUGUAAAAAGUAUGUCAUCAGAUUAUUUAAUGUUGCAGAACAAAGUAAAAAAUAUGAUCACAGAUGUCAUGAAGAAACUGUUAAGUUUGUCUUUACAUAUCAAGUUGGAAAAGAGAAUAUUUCAUUUUGUUAAAUAUGUAAAAUGCUGAUCGUAUAAGAAAUACUGUAUGACUUCACAUACAAUGGUAAAGCUAUUUUUUAUAAUUUCGUUUUUUUUAUGUUAUAUAUGUUCUCUGAAUGAUAACUUGGUAUAGUAUGUGUUGUUUCCAAAACUCUGUGCUCAGUAUUAAAGCUGUUGAACAUA